AUGUUCAUGGAUCGAGAAGCCGCAAUUCACUUCAUCGGCGGUGCAGUCGGAGGAACUGUCGGGACAGGAAUCACAUGUCCACUGGAAGUUGUGAAGACACGAAUGCAAUCGUCACGCGGGCUUGAUACUCAAUCAGGACCAAGUACUUCUUCAGGAAGUAGCUCUUCAACAAAAUCAUCGUCGUCCUCGUCGUCGGCCAAAUCGAGUGGAUUCUUCAAAUCGGUAAUUUCGCAGAGAAAUGGUUUCGGCUCGAAUUUCCGUGGUGGGCAGUUCGCAUUGGAUAGAAUUUUCAAUGGAGGAAGCUUUGCUGCGUUCUCCAAAGCCAAUAUCUUCAACCAAUUUUCCAAUCCAACAGCAUCUUCUCUAGUUCAAUAUUGUGUACGAAAUCUUUCAACCAACUCAACGCCGACACAAGUACAGCCUAGACGGGGAACUAUCGUUUUCAAAUACAUAAGACAAGUCGUCAAAACUGAAGGCAUCGGUGCACUCUACAAAGGUCUAAUACCGAAUUUGAUUGGAGUGGCGCCUUCCAAAGCCGUUUACUUCUACACCUACUCCACAUCGAAACGGUUCUGGAAUGAAUCGGAAGUUUUGAUCCCUAAUUCGGCCAUCGUACACAUGGUGUCAGCAGGAUCUGCCGGGUUUGUAGCCGCUUCCGCUGUAAACCCGAUUUGGUUGGUGAAGACACGUCUCCAGCUACAUCAAGGACAUAUUGGUAUUUGGCAGAUGAUAAAGAGAGUUUACAAACGAGAAGGGCUCAAAGGAUUCUACAAAGGUGUGACAGCUUCGUACGCUGGAGUUUCCGAGACGAUGAUCCAAUUUUGUAUAUAUGAAUAUUUCCGUGGAAUGUUACUCAGCGAAGCAAACGAAAUGGACAAGAGGAAAAUGGAUUUCCUGAAUUUCAUGGUAGCUGGUGGAUCGGCAAAGUUUAUCGCUUGUGUUGUCGCAUAUCCUCAUGAGGUCGUUCGCACGCGUCUUCGUGAAGAGACUGGAACCUCACGUGGAUUCUUCAAAACACUUUAUCAACUUUAUAAAGAGGGGCACCGUGCAAUGUAUCGAGGACUAUCAGUGCAGCUGAUGCGCACUGUUCCCAACACAGCAAUCACAAUGGGCACAUACGAAUUCGUCGUUUACAUGCUACACCAUCUCUAG